AUGUCUAAGAAAGAAAAAUCAGGAUUUCUUCCUCUUGAAGAAGAAAAAUCUAUGGAUAAGAAAUCUGUUUCUAAAAGCAAGGAUGUUACACCAAGAAAUGUUGGUUAGACUCCAAAAAGCCAAGGAAUGUUUGGUGGAUUUAAAAACUCUAUAUCUUCAUAUAUCAAAAAGAAGAUCGAAACCAAAAUCAUGCAAUUCUUGAGAGAUUAAAAGCCCAAGGUUCAAGAUAAAAUAAGGGAUAAAGCUAUGCCUUAGUGUGUUUAGAAUUUUAUGGAUGACAUUGUUGAAGAAAACUGGCCUAUUCUUGAGGAAGAGGUUUAGUAUUAGCUAAGAAUUAGAACCGAUGUACCCUUUGUAGAAGUUAAAAAACCUGACGUUUCAUGCUUUUGUUGGCCUUGCUGGAAAAUCAGAUCUCUAUUUUAGUAUAGCUUGAUGCCAUAUGAUAAGUCUUUAGGAUAAAAGAUUAGAAAUCCUAUCUUUUUGCUUGGAUUUUUAGCUAUGUUAUGUCCUAUAUACGGUGUUAGUAGCUUUUAUUUUAUUCUCCUUUUCUUAAUAAUUGAUAAGAGCGAUGAGUACUAAUUGAUUAACUUCAUUUUAGAGUUUAAACGUUUACAAUUCUUUUCUAUCGGUGUUAUUGGAGGUACUAUUGGCUUUUAUAUGUAUUUUAAAUGUGUAGAAGAAAAUACCCAUUUAAGUCUUUCGAUUUAAUAAAAUUGCUAUUAAUAUGGACCUAGUAUGUUGAUCCAUCCUCGUAUAGACCUUAUUGCUUUUGGUAUAAAUAUUCUGUUAGUGUGGAUAACUUUGAUAUUCCUUCCAUUCUCAGAGCAAAAAGGUAAACUUCGUUUUAAGAAUGCCGAAAUAGAAGAGUAAAAAGAAAGUGAAAGAAAGGAAAAGGAAAGACAAAAAAGAUUGAAAAAAAGAGAAAAACUUUAGAAAAAAAUAGAAACUGAAUUAGAAAAGCUUGAAAAAGAAGGUAAAGUAGCCAAAUUUGAAGACUUAGCAGAGAAAUAUAAAAUGAAACAGUUCGAUGAUUUGGACGAAGAAGCUAAAAAAUAACAAGGAUGCUGCUCAUUCUAAAGAGGUGGUGGAAUGAAGUGUUUAAUUAUUUGGGAUAUCUUAGCAUUUGGUCUUGCGUUUUUAUUUUUUUAUAAUGGCUUCAGGUUAGAAAACAAAUAGACUUUCGAGGAUGCUAAAGGUCAUAUCUACUUUACUAAGUGGAUAUAUGCAAUGUUGAGUUUUCCUUUCCUUUUAUUCUCAGUUCCUUUAGUAAGCAGCUUACUAAGCAGAGCUCGUCCAACAGCCUAUGAUAUGUAUGGAAACACUGUUCCUGUUAUCGGUUAAGUUGAGUACGAUGAUGAUUUAAUGGAUGAUAUUGAUGAUGAUUUAGAGGAAGAAGGAGUAUUAAAUGAUAAUGAUACUCAACCUGGAACUAAUACUAAUAGAAAUAAUUGA